AUGGGCGACAUCAGCGCUGACUCAACUGAAGGAAAUGGGAAUCACUUCUGGAGCAGGCCCUUCACGGUGCAGCCAGACGAGCCAGUCUCGUCAGCGUACAUGCAGAAAUACAGCUCUACUCCUCUUGGGCCAUACUUCUGGGGUGCUGAGCACACUUCAGGCAAGACAAAGCCUUUCCCGAGCCACAGUGGGAACGUCGAGGCAAGGAAGCUUGUUGGAGAUGGAGGCGUGGACGCCUGCAGCAGAGUCAUCGACGAGGCGUUAGCAGCCAUGACCAGGAUAUUUAACAGCAUCGAUUAUCCAGACCCCGACUCGCGGAUCGGUCUUGUCAAGCUGCGUCUGUCAUCAGAGAUGUCGGAAUGGAAGCGGAAGCAGCAAGGACAAGGAAGGGUCUUGCCAGCCAAGGGAAAGGGCAUCCAGCGCGCGUCCGACAAAGUUAUUGACUUGGUGAACGGACAGGACUGGCCUCCACCUCUGUUAACAACCAACACCUUAUUUGGCGUUGGAUGGACGAGCCUUCUGAAUGGCGCAUACGACCCCCAAGUCCUAUACAGCAAUUUUUGUGUCGACAUGGCCUUCUACUAUGAGCAUGGCUUCAACCGCGUCUUUGCCGAGUUCGAGCCACUAUUCGAGGCAGCCUCGAAUGACCCUCACGCCCUGGGGACAUUCGGAGGACCCGAGAGACGUGAAGGUGCCAGGAUGGGGCUACGGUAUAUCCGCGGUAAGGUCGCGCUCGAACACAAGUACCUGCCCUACCUCUCUGGACUGUCUGCGAAGUUUGAUCGCAGAACAGCGCAAUGUAUAAUGUUUGGCGAAAGCAGCCUCAUGGGACUGGCAGCCGAAGCUGCCACACGCGGGCAUGACGCGGCCGCUACCAUGAGUGACUUGGUCUUCAGCUCACCGGGCACGGAUGUCGUCGAUGUCGGAAGUGAUAUAGGCAACAGCGAGGUCAUGAACAGUUUCCUCAAUACCGCGGAUAUCACGGAGACUGCAGGUGGCAUUGUGAGCGAGGACGUCCUCCGGACCGUCUACGACGCGUACAGCCACACAUGUGCCCGCAUGCUGACGGAGCGGUGGAACACGCCGUCAGCGGCCAUGAGCUCCCUGCUCAUCGUAUGGCACAUACAUAACGACCGACACUGGUUUCUGAGGAGAGCCGUCUUGGGCUACGAAAAGGUGCGCCGCGCGGGACCCAUCAUGCGCGAGGCGGACAUCGACGAAGCCUUUGACGACGACUACCACACCACGGGUUUCAGCCGGCCCCUCGAGAACGCCUGUGACGGUGCCGAGACGUGCGAUCAGGCAGCCGAGGUCAUCAAUGGCCAUGAGCGCCGCGAGAUGCUGCAGCUGCUCUGGGACCUCCUGGUGACAGGUCCGCUCGCGUACGUCAGGGCCGGAGUGGUCAACCCCGAAAGAGAGGUAGAACUCGGCCUCGACCUGCAUGAAGCACUGGCGCAGUGCUGGCACGACGGAUUAGUCUAUGAGAUGAACUGGCUCAUAAGUCAUGCGAGCUUCCAUUCCUGGCAAGUGAACUUUUUGAUGGAGGCUGCUAUGUGGGGAAGUUUCUUGGACGACGGGACCUUGGCGGGGAAGCUGGACAGGGCAUAG